AUGUCGUCUUCUUCAUUGCCUCCAUCCCCGGUGGAUGAAAAACAAUUUGAAGCCACCGGCGCAACUUCUUCUCACAACACCUAUUCCAAUGAUUCCGGCCGUCUCCAUGCCCUGGAACAGCUGGAAAUUCUCCCUCAGAUUCUCAAUGAGGGAAUUCUCUUCGCUGGUUCCGGGGCAGCCCUUCUCCUACAGGCGGCAAUGCCCGCCAUCCGCGAAACUGAACAUCCCGAGGGCGGCCACCAGGCGCUGGCCACGGAACUCAUCGAUGCACUCCAAACGCACAUCAGUUAUAUCUCGACCUUGGUCUUCGGCACACAAGCAGAACGGAAAGCUCUGCUUGAUCUGCUGCAGCGUAACAAAGCCCCCGGUUUAGGCGAAGGUCGCAACAACCGCUUUGCUCACCACCCCGAGUUGAAACUCUGGAUGGCCGCCACACUCUACGCGACCGCGACGGAUUUCUAUCAACGGGUCUACGGCCGCGUCGAUUACCAGACGGCACAGCACGGGUACUCCGAGUUCACCCUCUUGAUCAGCUAUCUGGGCGUGCCUCCGGGGAUGUGGCCCGAAACGCGUCAGGCCUUUUGGUCCUACUGGGAUGAUCAGAUCUCGCGACUGACCGUCUCCGCCGAUGCGGCGGCAUUUGCCAAGGAUCUCCAUGAAAGUACCAAAAUGCCUGGAUGGGUGCAAAAGUUGAAGCCCUUCCUGCGAGCGGUCAUGGUCGAGAUGCUUCCGCCAAAAUUGCGAGAUGCGUAUGGUCUCCGCUCCACACGGAGCACUCGCUUUCUGUAUCGAUCCUGGAUGGGCUUUGCAACAGCCGUGUAUCCCGCCAUGCCGCACAAAGCGCGCUCAUAUCCAUUGAAAUACUAUCAAGACCGAAUGAGAAAGCAGUUGAAUGGGGCUUGA